GGGCAGGCGCAGUGAGCGCACAGCGCUCCGGGCCCAUGGAGGCGGCGGGGCCGCAGCCCGCGCCGGGCCCCGCGGCGGGGCCGCAGCCGGGGGCCGAGGAGAUCGACAUGUCCCUGGAUGACAUCAUAAAGCGCCACAGGAAGGAGCAGACAGAUGCCAGCGCUGCGGGCGACAGCAGAAGGCAGCAGGUCAAGAACAGGAGUUCAGCCUCGGGGUAUGGGCGGCCCCAGUACCGUGCCUGGAAGCAGAGGAAUUUGCAAGGACCUAACCGUUUCAGAAGAGGGUUUGGACAGCAACAAUUCAAUCGGAGACAAUUCAGGAAUACUUUGCCUGGUCACAAGAGAAGAGCAGCUGCUGCAUUCGGUGGAGUGAGCCCUUUAAAUCGCCAGGCAUCGGCUCAGGAGGGCAACAAGAAGAGCAGUGCUUUUGCCAAAAGCAGCAAUGGGCCACAGGAGGAACAGCCACAGCCAUCUCCAGGCCCCAAGAGAUUCAGAGCAGAUGCUGCCAGUGUCCGAGCCCCAGGGAGAAGGCCUUUCCUGCUGAACAGGGGACCAGUGUUCCAGCAGAAGCGGGUGCAGCAAUGGUUCUACAAAGCCCGCUUCCAGAGAGGGCAGAUGGAUUCUAGAGGAGAAGGGAAACCGCCAAGGAUGAGAAGGUGGCAAGUGAAACCCAGCCCGGGAGCAAUUCUCACGGUUUCUGUGGUUAAUCCCCAGGCGGGCCAGACCAGCCCGCCUGGAUCCAAGCGCCCAUUCCUGCGAAGCCAGAGACCCCCGGCACGGGUGGCCAAGCCCCAGCCCAAGGGGGUGCUGCUGAGAUUCAACUUCCGUGCCAUGGCCAACCAGACCAGCCUGACGCUGGAUGAGAGGUUCUCUGGUCUGAGGAAUAAGAGGCGCUUUACAGCAGCCAGGAGCGCCGGACGGACGGUCACCAUGCCUUAGGACUGCGUGCUCGUCACAGGGACUGCCUGUGACAGUCCAGGCUCCAUGACAAGGGCUCAAUAAAAGUUGCUAGAUUCCCUUUGAGAUAGCUGAUUUGGCAAUGUGCUGUCUCCUUCCUUACACACAGAGUGAAUGAGUGAUUAAGGGCAGGGAUGAGGCAGGAUGAGAAUUUGGGCUGGAGCACAGGGCAGGUGGGGCAUGGGCAGGGUGGUGGAAGGGGAUGAGCAGAGAUGGAUUUGCUGGAGAGCUCUCUGCUGGGAAGUUGUAGGGCUAGCACCAGCUCUGUCUCCCUGCCAGGGCACUCUGUGCUAGCCAGAGUGAUGGCUGAUAGUAGGAGGGUGUACCACGGAGCCUUCCCUACAUCAUCCAGUGGGUGGGACAGGGUUUAAGGAUGCUGUGCCUGCCCACAUAGGAGAUAGAGGGAAGCAGGGAUGCUACAGCUGCCUACACUCCCCAGCAUCCACUUAAUUGCCAAACUUGUGCUUGCAGGCAUCCCUGCCCAGAGGUUUGCAGUGUAAGACCACUCCACCCUGAAUACCUGUUGCUUUGCCCUGAUAGUCAGGCUGAGCACCUUGCAUUUCUCUGUGGAUUGCUGUGCUGUUCUGACUGCUGCUGCAGGGACGGGGUGAGACAUGCCAUGCUGUGCUGCUGGAGUCACUGUCCUCAGCACAGAGCACAGACAGGCUGCCCCAGCCCAGAUCACAUUUUCCAGUGCUGAUUAGUUCUGCAUUAGGGUUUUUGUAGUUGCAGCUCCACCCAUGCUCAAAGCAGCAGCAUAAUCAAACCAGCAGCAGCACUCUGAUAAACAUUGGCUGAAAUGUUACUGAGCUGGGUUUAGACAUUUGUUAGUGAAGCCCUGCAUCAAACCUGAGUAAUAGCUCCAUUCUCUAUCCACUGCUGGAACUCAGCACUGAACAUGCUGGACAUAGCCUGUUUCUGGGCUCUAAGGUAUACUUAAAGGAAAUAUUUGAUAGACUGCUUUACAUUUUACACUGAGCAUCUUUAACAAGAGACUGGACUUGGCAUUGGUUUUAUAGGAAUGUGUGAAAUGUUGUUAAUUGACAAAGCAGUGAUGUAUGAGUCCAGUGCACUGAAUAAAAAACUUAACUUGUCAAAUGUCA